AUGUGGACGAUGUGCGUGUGUCGUACGUUGUGGACAAAAGCAAGAGUUGAUUCUUUACUUGUCAAGGGUAUGGUUGGAGUCUCGCGAAUCGGAAUUUGCGACAGCGAGAGUGGACCGUUGGUGGUAGUCAAUAUUGUCAAAAUUGAAUAUUGUUAUCUUGUAUCUCCUUUUUUAGGCGCUUUCGCGGAGACCUGUAGCGAAUUCACCAUAGAGCACAAUUUAUUGGAUCAGACUUUUUCAUGGAGUUUUCCGAAAGCUCUUUGUCUUGGUUUAAACAGGCUUCCAUUGUAUGAUAUCGGUAGUAAAUGCGUUUUCUUCAUCGAGGCUCUUUGGAUCAGCAUGCUGAAGAAUACUGUGAAUGGAGCUAGUAUGAUAAUGCAGUCUUGUUUCACACCAUUGGUUUAUUGGGAAGGGCUGAGAGAGUGCAUAAUCACAUACUGA